UUUAACCUGACUUCUCAUCUCCCAGAUGCUUUUAAAAACCCCUUUCCUGUCUGUAACGCGUUGUAACGUUGGAGCUAAUGGGUGGGAAGAAGAAGAAAUCCGCGGCUCAAGCUGCUCCGCUAGCAGCGUGCGGCUCUGGUUCGGCUGUGGCUGGAAACGGUGCGGUGGAGAAUUCAAAGAAACAAACAGCAGCAGCCAGCAGCAAAACGACCAAAGCAGCUAAAGACAGCAAGUCUAAAGCUCCAAAGACAUACAGUUUUGCCAACACAGCCCAGGUAGACACAGGUGCGCUCUCAGACAAGUCCAUUCUUAAAGUGUUUAUCCAAGCUGACCUAGAGAAGAAGAUCAUCAAACUGAUAAAUGACUUCCGACAGGAGAAUGGAGACAAAGGGCCCAUAUCUGGCAGACUUACAAGCAAGAAGUUGCUGGACCUGUACACGGCCCUACAGAAGUUUAAUUUUAAGAGGGAACACAUUGAAGAGGCGAUGAAGAGCAGCGUUCUGUACGGAGGAGAUCUUCACUCUGCUCUAGACUGGCUUUGUCUUAACCUGAAAGAUGAGGAGUUACCAGAUGGCUUCAGCCAGCAGCUGCAGGAGGAGAGCCAGAAGAGUCGGCCCAAAUUCCAGCCUCCUUCUCAACAGAAACCUGCAGCUCAGACCCCAAAAGCCUCCAACAGCACCGUCAAAGAGAACACCAAGGUUACUGAGAAGGAUGAAGCUGCAGCCAUGAAGGACUGGAUAUUGAGGUACGCAGAGCAAAGCAGCGAUGAUGAGGAGGAGGAGGAAGGAGGGGAACAGACGCGUAAUCCUGAGCUUGAUGAAAAGUUUGAUCCUAAUGACAGGUAUUUGAUCCUUACUGCUCAACUGUAUGACGCUAAAGAAAUGGCAGCUGAUGCCAAAACCAAAGGAGACAAGAUGGGCCAAAGGUCGGCACAGGAGCGAAUCCGGGUCACACAGCAAGAAAUGAAACGGCUGGAGUCCCACCCUGUGUUCAAUCCUGCCAUAAAAGUGGUGGAUGUCCCUCACAAAGACAAGAAGACACUUCCUGUCACUGAAGACAAAGACGGUCUCAGCUUCAGCCUGUUUGAACAAGCAGAAACAAACCCUCCUACAGAGAAAGUUGUGAAGAAAAAUGAGCCAAAGGACAUUCGUAACUUUGACUACACGGCUCGCAGUUGGACAGGAAAGUCUCCCAAACAGUUUCUUAUCGACUGGGUGAGAAAGAACCUCCCCAAAAGUCCCCCGCCGACUUUUCAGAAGGUUGCUGCUGGCAGAUACUGGAAAUGCAAGGUGCGGGUGCAGAGAGCUGAUGAUGUCCUGGAAGUUUGUCCAACCAUCUUGACCGAGGAUAGCAUGCAGGCUCAGCAUCUGGCGGCCACACUGGCUCUCUACAGCCUGGUUAAGGGGCAGUCGGUGCACCAGCUCCUCCCUCCCACCUACAGAGACGUGUGGCUGGAGUGGAGAGACAACGAGCAGCAGCAACAGGAGGCGAGCCGCACUGCUGCUAACAAACCCAGAGACCAGUUCAUUUCCCGGCUCCUGACUAGACUCAAACAGCAACAGAACCAGGACCUGCAGCCUGCAUGUGCAGGACAGCGGAGGGUCAGCGGCUCUAAUGAGGAGGAGACAGAGGACACCUGGGAGAACCUGGCUGGUCUCGACAUUGGUGGAAGAGGAGAAGAAGUGGAAGAAAAGAAUGAGAAGAAAGGAGGGAGGAGAGGAGCGGGAGCAGCUCUGGGAGAAGCCCGAGAGCUCCUGCAAAAGCUGAGGAGGUCUCCACUUGCACUCAGGCUGAAGGCAGAGCGAGAGCAGCUUCCAGUCUUCCAGCACAGACAUCGGGUUCUGGAGGCGCUGCGGCGCCACCCGGUGGUGGUGGUGGCUGGUGAGACGGGCAGUGGGAAGAGCACUCAGAUCCCUCAGUUCCUCCUGGAGGAGCUGCUGACCGGAGGUAAAACAGCACAGCCCUGCAACAUCGUGGUGACUCAGCCGCGCAGGAUAUCAGCCAUGAGCCUCGCGUGCCGAGUCAGCCAGGAGCUGGGCAGCGACGAAGGGCCAGGGUCGAAGUCGUCGUUGUGUGGAUACCAGAUCAGGAUGGAGAACCAGUCUGGAGAAUGGACCCGUCUGCUGUACUGCACGACCGGAGUUCUGCUGAGGAAGCUGCAGCACGACCGACACCUCAGUUCACUGACCCACAUCAUUGUAGACGAGGUCCACGAACGCAGCGUCCAGUCCGACUUCCUGUUAACCAUCCUAAAAGACGUCGUAAUGAAGAGAUCUGACCUGCAGCUGAUUCUCAUGAGCGCCACUGUCGACUGCGAAAAGUUUUCCAACUAUUUCAACCGCUGCCCGGUGAUCAGCAUCCCAGGCAGGACGUUCCCAGUGGAGGUGUCUCAUUUGGAAGAUAUUGUGGAGCAGACUGGAUAUGUUCUGGAAAAGGAUUCUGAGUACUGUCAAAAAAUCUUAGAAGAAGAAGAAGAAGUCUCCAUCUCUGUCACACAAAAAGGUGGCAAGACAUUGCAGCAUCAGGAGGUCAUCCUGAGGGACUCCUCUUCUGGCUGGGAUCUGGGUCCUGACCUGGAUCACUUCAGCAGCAGAACCCGGCAGGUGCUGCAGUACAUGAACCCUAAUAAGAUCAACAUGGACCUGCUCGUGGACCUCCUGGACUACCUAGACAAAUCCCCCCAGUUUGCAGACGUGGACGGCGCUGUUCUGGUGUUCCUCCCGGGUCUGGCUCAUAUCCAGCAGCUCUACGAUCUGCUCUCUUCAGACAAGAGGUUUCGGAACAAAAAUCGAUACAAGAUCGUUGCCCUUCACUCCACGCUGUCGUCCAAGGACCAGGCGGCUGCCUUCACAGUUCCGCCUGCUGGAGUCAGAAAGAUCGUGCUGUCGACUAACAUCGCAGAGACGGGCGUGACGAUUCCUGACGUCGUGUUUGUUAUCGACACUGGCAAGACCAAAGAAAAUAAAUACCAUGAGAGCAGCCAGAUGAGCUCUCUGGUGGAGACCUUUGUUUCCAAAGCCAGCGCCCUCCAGAGGCAGGGGAGAGCAGGACGUGUCCGAAACGGCUUCUGCUUCAGACUUUACCCCAAAUUCAGGUUUGAUGCCUUCAUGGAUUACUCCGUCCCGGAGAUCCUACGGGUCCCGCUGGAGGAACUUUGUCUUCACAUCAUGAAAUGUCAGUACGGCUCACCGGAGGACUUUCUGAGUCGGGCCCUUGAUGCUCCUCAGCCUCAGUCGGUCAGCAACGCGGUCAACCUGCUGAGGAAGAUCGGAGCGUGCGACCCGAACGAUCAUGUCCUCACCCCGCUGGGACACCACCUGGCAAGUCUGCCGGUCAACGUGAAGAUCGGCAAGAUGCUCAUCUACAGCGCCAUCCUCGGCUGCCUGGAGCCCAUCGCAACCAUUGCAGCUGCAAUCACAGAGAAGUCUCCUUUUUCCACACCGAUGAACAGAAAGGAGGAGGCUAACCUGGCUAAAGCUGCUCUGGCAUUGGCUAACUCGGAUCACCUCACCAUAUACAACGCUUAUCUAGGGUGGAAAAGGUCUCAGACUGAAGGACUGGGAGCAGAAAUGUCGUACUGCAGGAAACACUUCCUCAAUCGAACAGCUCUCAUCACAAUAGAGGAUGUGAAGCACGAGCUGAUGAAGAUGAUGGAGCAAGCGGGGUUCUGGUCGUCUCGCCCUUCCUCUUCUCUGAAGCGCCAGGUGUCCUCACUGUCCAAGCAGCAGGUGUCCGUUCUGAACGCGGCGCUGACGGCUGGGCUCUAUGACAGCGUGGCCCGGCUGCUGUGCAGCCCCCCUGUGGAUGGGCUGGAGCAAGUGGCCUGCACCGUGGAGACGCCUCAAGGCAGAGCUCAGGUCCACCCGUCGUCUGUGAACCGCAACCUGCAAACGCACGGCUGGCUGCUGUACCAGGAGAAGGUCAAAUACACAAAGAUCUACCUGCGAGACACCACCCUGAUAUCCCCGUUCCCCAUGAUGCUGUUUGGAGGCGACAUCGAUAUUCAGCACAGAGAGAAGCUCAUCACUUUAGAUGGAUGGAUCCACUUCCAGGCCCCAAUAAGGAUCGGUGUGAUCUUCAAACAUCUGAGGAAACUGAUGGACUCUUUGCUUGAAAAGAAGCUGCAGAACCCCAGAAUGAGUCUAGAAGACGACACAACCAUCCAGCUGAUCCUGGAUGUGAUUAAGUCGGAGCACACCAUGUGAGAUCGAAUCGCCACGUGGGAACCUGCACAUCUUCAGACACUUUUCAGGCUUCUGAACGUCUUCAGAAGUCAGGAUCCACACCUGCAAAAUCAGUUGACUCACAUUGAGGAUGAUCAUGAAUGAAAUGCAUUAAAAUCAUGCAGUUUUUCUUUGAGGUUCUUAUUGUAUCGUUGUUCAUCAUCAAAAUAAAACUACAGUAAUCAGUCUUUUAAGAAGGUAGAUUUCUGUUUGACUGGUGUCUACGAAUAAAAAUUAUGCACUUAGAUAUUUGAUGUCAUCUUCAUUAUUGUAAUAAAUUUGUUUUUAAAAGCCUGAUGUAAAAACAGAAGCUGGUCACUGCUUCCCUUUAGAGAUUUCAGAUACAACUAACCCUAACUCGUGUCAGUUUAGAAUAUUCAGUUCACCUCAUCCUAAUAUGACCUCUGUACAGUGAGAUCUGGUGUUAUUUUAAGAUUGUUGGGAGUCCCAAAGGGGGUGUAUAAAAAACUAAUCAAAGCAGGGCGGUACAAACCGUGGUCGGCUACUUUCACAUCUCAGAGGAAAUGAAAACAGGUAAACAGAUGAUGUCUUAUUGUGUGAAUCUUGCAAAAAGGUCACCCGGCAACAUAAAUAAACACCAAAUCCUUA